GUAUCCAGUAUGGCGGCAGACGGUGUAUGCGUUGCAACGGGCUUUGUCGAUAUUGCGUAAUCGUGAUCAGUAGAAGCAGCAUUAGAGCGAGUGGAUCUUAGAGCGAGCAAAAGGAAGAGAGAACACGAGGGGAUAAUUUCUGGAACGAGUGACGUUACGACAGUUCGACGACAGUACCUGCCGUGGAUCAGGAGAUAUGCCGCCGAGUGCAGGUGCGCAUUGCUAACAUCGGCGAGGAUGCGAAUACGAUUAUCACCGAAUCGGUAACGAAGGUGAACGGCGAGCGGCACGAUAGCGCCAGCGCCAGCGUUAAUAUCAGCAAUAGCAACAGCAGUAACGUUUCGUGGAACAUGACGACGAUCAAGGGUAGCGCUACGCCGGGUACGCCGCGUCAGCUCAACGUCCUGAGCAACUUCAAGUACGAGUACUUCGUCGCGGGCAUUUCAGGCGGCGUCGUCUCGACCCUGAUGCUGCACCCGCUGGACCUCAUCAAGAUCCGAUUCGCAGUAAAUGAUGGUCAAACGAAUGCAGGACCGCGGUACAACGGACUUAGGAAUGCCAUGGUUCAGAUUGUCAAAACCGAGGGAGUGCGCGGACUUUAUAGAGGAGUAACGCCAAAUGUUUUAGGAUCAGGAAGUUCGUGGGGUUUCUACUUCUUCUUCUAUAACACGAUAAAGACUUCGAUCCAAGGUGGUAACUCGAAGAAACCGCUUGGUCCGUCCAUGCAUAUGUUCGCUGCCGCUGACGCUGGAGUGCUUACCUUGCUCAUGACGAAUCCGAUCUGGGUGGUGAAAACGCGGCUGUGUUUACAAUAUGCUGAGGACGUAAAUGUGGCGGAGUCCAAGAAGUAUCGCGGGAUGGUAGAUGCUUUAAAGAAGAUUUACAAAACGGAAGGCAUUAGAGGCUUAUAUAAAGGUUUAGUUCCUGGAUUGUUUGGUGUCUCGCACGGUGCGAUACAAUUCAUGGUGUACGAGGAGAUGAAGAACAAGUAUUAUAAUUACCUAGAUGUACCCAUCGAUACGAAAUUGAGUACAACCGAAUAUAUCGUCUUUGCCGCGAUGUCCAAACUGCUCGCUGCAGCGUCGACGUAUCCUUAUCAAGUGGUAAGGGCACGACUUCAGGAUCAUCAUCACGACUACCGGGGUACCUGGCAUUGCAUUCAAUGCACAUGGAGGUAUGAGAGUUGGCGUGGCUUUUACAAGGGUUUAAGCGUAAACCUCACCAGGGUGACACCGGCGACGGUUAUCACAUUCGUGGUCUACGAAAAUAUGUUUCAUUAUCUGCAAUCGGGGCGCGCUGCCGUGGAAGGAACAAUCGCUAUGCCUGUCUCUGCGGUUAACAAACUGAAGGAGUAAGGAGUAAAAGGGAGAUUCUUUUUGGAGCCUUGAUGAAGUCGAGUGAAAGUCUGGUUUGGAGUCCAAUUUUCUUCAUGUUCCCGGUGAUAUGUUCCGAUAUGCACCGAAAAAUGUGCUUUAUAGCAGUCAUAAUAAAAUAACUAUUUUAAAGAAAAAAUUUUAAAACAUAAUUUUGCAAAAUGCAAAAAUUUAAAUCUCUUAAUAUACUGCAAAAAUUAAAAAUGGCAUGAAAAAGCUAUAAACGUCAGAAAUCUUAUAAGAAAAGCUAGUUAUUUUAAUUUUUAAAAAAUUGCAAAUAUUUUUAUAUAUAAUUAAUAUAUAUUUUUAUAUAUAUUAAUAUUUGUUUAUAUGUAACUGUCAUAUAUUAUUAUAAAUGUUAUUUGCAGGCUGUUAGAAUGUUUGGCUUUUCCAUUUAUCUCGAGUUUUUAAAUGAUUGAACAUAUAAUUUUUCUAUAGAGGGAGAAAUGUCUUAGCGAAAAAGCUUUAAUAGAUUAAAUGAUUGUUAACGUCAUAGCGCUAUUUGCGUAACUUUAUCGGAUAAAAGAAAAUUUGACUAAUUGAAACGUAUAUAGUUUUCGAAAGUAUGCUUAAAAUGCAUCGAUAUUGGAGAAUAUUUUCAAAUGCAUUGAUCGCAUUUUUUUCAUGUUUGUAAUUUAACUUAUAUUCACAAGAGCUUCGUGAAAAAGAUAUAUAGUAGUUUAUGAUAUAUAUUAUGUUUUUUUUUUUAAUCUAAUUGUAUUUAUAAUCAAAGAAAAAAAGAUUCGUUGAUUAGUACAGUAGCAUUUUUAUAGAAAACAUCCAAAAUACUCUUGUAAUUUACACAAAUAUAAUGUGGAAUUUCUAAUUUUCACGAGCUCUUUCGGGAUAGUAGAUUAAAGGUGAAAAGAAAUAAAGAAAAAAAAAUUUUGUUUAUAAUGUAUAUUUUUGACGGUAGAAAAAUUUAUUAUAUUAUGAGGAACAAUCUCAUAGUAAACUUUGCAUUUAAAGAUUUCUUAAAUAUGUAUAAAUAGGUGAAAGAAAAUCAAGAAAAAGUAGUUACACGCGAGAAAUAAAUUAAAAUGUUUUCAAUUUCUGCUAUUUCUGUUAUUGAUCCGAUUGCUAUGCUGUGUUGCAAAACUGCAAUAUGUGUCUAUCGUUGUAUUGAAUUAAUAGUUUGCUAGAUUUUUGUUGAUAUCAUCUUUUGCGCAAAUAUUGUCGUCUUUUUCAGCUGAUGAAGCUUGCGACAGGCACUUUACGGGAUUCUUUUUUGAUAAACUUUGAGCUAUCUGAGUUAUUAAUGUGUUAUUAAUAUUUGCAAAUAUUUGUAUAACGCAAUAAGCAAUUAAAUGUUGAUUACGAAGGAAGUUACAUUCAUUAGUUGAUGCUGACAUAAUGGCUUACUAGAUCUAAAGGAUUCAUAGAGCAUUUUUCGUAACGCUGGUCGCAAUGCUGCUCGUAUUCGGCUUCUAUAAUCUCGUUCGGAAGAUUUUCGCUUCUUGAUGUGGAGGGUCUGCAAUAAAAAUGUGCAAACAAAUGUUAGAAUUCGUAUGUUAAUCGUUUAAGACAUGUCUGAUAAUAUAAAAUAUAAAUGUCUGCCGAAUGAACAUUUCGAUGAAAAAUAAAAAUAUAUCGUAU